AUGGUGCUGGACAAGGAGGACAGCGUAUCCCUGGUGUCCUUCCAGUCCAGGGAGAAGCCUCGAGGAUGUGCCGGCUGCAACGGCAGGAUCAGGGACCGUUUCAUGUUGCAGGCACUUGACCGCUACUGGCACGAGGACUGUCUGAAGUGCGCCUGCUGUGACUGCCGCCUGGGCCAGGUGGGAUCCACCCUCUACACCCGCGCAAACCUCAUCCUAUGCCGUAGGGAUUACCUCAGGCUCUUUGGCGUGACUGGGAAAUGCUCUGCUUGCACUAAGAUGAUCCCUGCCUUUGAGAUGGUGAUGAAGGCGCGGGACAACGUUUAUCACUUGGACUGUUUCGCCUGCCAGCUGUGCCGCCAAAGGUUUUGUGUGGGUGACCGCUUCUUUCUGAAGAACAACAUGAUCCUGUGCCAGUUGGACUAUGAAGGCUGCCAUCUUAAUGAUGGUGAUGAGAGGCUGUCACAGUGA